AUGUCCGACCCCAACUCUCCUCACAUCAAGAACCGUGAUACUCCAUCAUGGGGCCUCUACCAGCGUGAGAACUUUUGGAAGCUCAAUGAUGGACAAGUUCCUCAGUUCAACACUCACCCCGACAAGCUCGAAGAGCUGGCCAAACAAAAGCUGACUCAGAACGGAUGGUAUUACGCUUCAUCGAAUGCCGGCCUCUCGCACACGCACCUCGCCAACCGCCAGGCCUUCUUCCGACACAAGAUCGUCCCCUGCCAGCUUGUCGACACCAACGAACGCUCAACCCGCACCACGAUCUUCGGACACGAGGUUUCGGCCCCGUUCGGCAUCGCGCCCAUUGGCAUCAACAAGAUCUACCACCCGCAGGGCGAGCUACCCGUCGCCAAGGUGGCCGGAGAGCUGGGCAUCCCCUACAGCCUCUCCACGGCCGGGUCCUGUCCCAUCGAGGAUGUUGCCCGAGCCAACGACGCGGGUCGCGCAUCAAGGACCGACGGCCAACCGGGAGAUCGAUCCAAGAUCCCCGAGGGUCCGCGGUUCUUCCAGCUCUAUAUGCCUCACGACGACGAGCUCACCAUCUCGCUCUUGACCAGGGCACACGAUUCCGGCUAUACGGCUUGCAUCCUCACCACGGACACCUGGCAGCUAGGCUGGCGGCACGACGACGUGGCGACGUCGAACUACGCGUUUUACCGCGGCAUCGGCGCCGACAUGGGCCUGACCGACCCCGUGUUCCAGAAACGCCUGGCGGAAAGGGGCAUCGACCCACAAAAGGAACCCGAGAGGGCGGCCGCGAUGUGGAUCGACAGCAUCUGGCACGGCCGCGCGUGGUCCUGGGACAAGGCCGCGUGGGCGCGGGCGCAGUGGCAGCGAAUCAGCGGCGGGAAGCCGUUCCUGAUCAAGGGCAUCCAGAGGGUCGACGACGCAGAGAAGGCGGCGGACCUCGGGUUCGAGGGCAUCGUCGUGAGCAACCAUGCUGGACGGCAGGUCGACGGGGCCAUCGCGAGCCUGGACGCGCUGGAGAGGAUUGCAGAGAGGGUCGGGGACAGGAUCGUCGUCACGUUCGACAGCGGCGUGAGGGGCGCGGCGGACAUAACGAAAGCCCUGGCGCUGGGUGCCAGAUUCGUCUUCAUCGGGAGGCUGUGGAUCUGGGGGUUGAGUAUCAUGGGGGAGCACGGGGUGAGACAUGUGCUCAAGGGGCUGUUGGCCGACUUGGACAUCUUGAUGAACGUGGCGGGGAUUCAAAAGAUUGGGGACAUUAACAAAGACCUGCUGGAGUCGUUGCCCAAGUCGUACGCACUGGUUGCCGAGAAAAGCAAGUUGUAG